AUCCCCCUAGUCCAUCUUCCAGUUGGCGACUGGCUACAGUGGUGCUUGGGGUCUUCUGCCUAAGUUCAGUGGUAGCUGCAGGAGUCUUGGCUGCCAGGUUCAUCCUGGUCUGCCACCUUGUGCGUGAAAGGGAUGAAAACUUCACCCUGCAAAAGGCAAUUAUGGAAAGCCUCCACCUGCAGCUGGAGGUCCUCCAGGCUCAGAAUUUGAACUUGACAGAGACUGUAAAGCAACUUGCCACCUCCAGAGGACAGAAAUGUAUUCCAUGUCUUAAGAACUGGCUACAGUAUGGGGAGAACUGCUACUAUUUUUCAAAGGAAUGGAAAAAUUGGCAAGAAAGCAGGGCUAAGUGCUCUGCUCUGGAGUCCAGACUUGUUAAGAUAGAGAGUAAGGAAGAGCUGGACUUCGUAAUGAGAUCGGCACAGUCUUACAGUUCUUACUCUUUCUGGAUUGGGCUGUCUCACAAUGGAUCUGAGGGGCCCUGGCUGUGGGAGGAUGGAUCGGCUUUCUCCCGUGAUCUGUUUCAGAUCCAGCGAGCCAGCUCAAGUCCUUUCCCAGAUUGUGUGUGGUUUCAGGGUGCAAAUGUAGAUGCUGCACAGUGA